UCAAAUUUUUUUUUUCUUACUGAAACAUCGAAUCAUUUUGAAAUUUGAAUCAUUUUACACACACACACACACAUGCAGAACUUUUUGUGAACGACAAAUUGGAAAGACAACGAAAAUAGACAAAUUUUUUCUGGAAUUUUUCACACCCAUUGUUCACAAAUUGAUUGAUAAUGGCCAAAACAUAUGAUUAUUUAUUCAAAUUAUUACUAAUUGGUGAUUCGGGCGUUGGCAAAACAUGUAUACUAUUUCGUUUUAGUGAGGAUGCAUUUAAUACAACAUUCAUUUCGACAAUCGGUAUCGAUUUCAAAAUUCGUACCAUCGAAUUGGAUGGUAAAAAAAUUAAAUUACAAAUAUGGGAUACAGCCGGCCAAGAACGUUUUCGUACAAUAACAACAGCCUAUUAUCGUGGUGCUAUGGGCAUCAUGUUGGUAUAUGAUGUAACGAAUGAAAAAUCAUUUGAUAAUAUUAAAAAUUGGAUUAGAAAUAUUGAAGAACAUGCAUCAAGUGAUGUUGAAAAAAUGAUAUUAGGCAAUAAAUGCGAUAUACAGGAUCGGCGACAAGUAUCACGUGAACGUGGUGAACAAUUAGCGAUAGAAUAUAAUAUUAAAUUUAUGGAAACAUCGGCUAAAUCUAGUUGUAAUGUUGAAGAAGCAUUCUUUACAUUAGCUAAAGAUAUUAAAGCAAAAAUGGAACGAAAAUUGGAAUCAAACAAUCAAAAUCGUGGUGGCCAUCAUUUACGUGCUAAUGAACCUGCCAAAAAACAAUCAAAAAUAUGGUUUUGUAAUCUUCUUUGAUUUCAUUACAAUCAAUUCAAAACACUAAAAUUCAAAUGGUAAACAACAAUUUCAAUCAAACAAACAAACAAAAAAAAAAAUUUGGUCCCAAUAUUGUCACCCAUAUAUGUCAUCCAUUUCUAUUCUAAUCAUUGUGCCUUUCCAAUGUUCAUCACCCAUCACUAAACUAUAAUAAUUGUAUUGAAUGCGUGUUCGUGUGUGUGUGUUUUUCUGAUAUUUGUUCAUUUUCAAAACAUACAAAACAAUCUUUUAUCUGGAAUUUGUACAGAAAUUCUUUUUAUUUUUUUUUCUCUGAUCACACACACUUACACACACACACUGACCAAGCUCUCAAGAAUCUUUUUUUAAUGAGAAA